AUGGAGCGCAUCAGGGAACUGCUAGGCAAGCACCACAAGCCGGAUCGGCAAGAGUACGAGCCUCUCGCCGAGGAAGGUCGGGAACUCGACGGGUCCACGCUGGAAGAAGACCCGGAGGAGGUGCCGUUCUCAUGGACCGAGUACAUCAUGUUCGCCUGGUUGGGCAUGGCGAUGCUAUGGGCCUGGAACAUGUUCCUUGCAGCAGCCCCCUACUUCCAAGUCCGCUUCCAAUCCGACGUCUGGAUCUCCCAAAACUUCCAAUCCGCCAUCCUCACCGUCUCGACCCUCACAAACCUCACCGCCAUGCUCAUCCUCACAAACAUCCAAUACGCAGCCUCCUACCCCUUCCGCAUCAACCUCGCCCUCCUCCUCAACUGCGUAAUCUUCUCCUUCCUCACGGCCUCCACCUCCUUCGCCCUCGACGUCUCCCCCGGCGCAUACCUAGCCUUCAUCCUCCUCAUGGUCGCCUCCAGCUCCUGGGCCACAGGCCUCAUCCAAAACGGCGCCUUUGCCUUUGCAGCCUCCUUUGGUCGGCCCGAGUACAUGCAGGCCUUAAUGGCAGGCCAGGGCGUAGCGGGCGUCCUCCCGCCCAUCGCGCAGGUCAUCACCGUCCUCGUCGUCCCCGAAAAGGAGGGCACCACAACCGUCCAAGACGACAUCAAGUCCUCGUCCUCCUCGGCCUUUGUCUACUUCCUCGCCGCCGUCGCCGUCUCCGUCUCGGCCCUACUGGCCUUCCUCCCCCUCGUCCGCCGCCACAACCACAUCAUCGAAGCCCGCAUGGCCAACACCCUCGCAGAAUCCCUCACCUCCGUCGAAGAAGCCGAGCGCGCCGCCCGCAAAGUCGUCUCCCCGCUCACCCUCCUCCGCAAACUCCACUGGCUCGCCGGCGCAAUCUUCAUGUGCUUUUCGGUGGCCAUGUUCUUCCCUGUCUUCACCGGCAAGAUCCUCUCCGUCCGCUACCCAGGCGACGAAAAGAACCCCGCAGGCAUCCUCUUCCGCCCAGCAGCCUUUAUCCCCUUGGCCUUCUUCGCCUGGAACUUAGGCGACCUCUCCGGCCGUAUGGCCACCAUCCUCCCCUUCUCGCUACGUCACCGGCCCGCCGCCCUUUUCGGCGUCAGCCUCGCGCGCAUCGGGUUCCUGCCGCUCUACCUGCUGUGCAACAUUGGCGGCCGCGGCGCCGUCGUCAGCAGCGAUUUCUUUUAUCUUGUCGUCGUGCAGUUCUUCUUUGGGUUGACCAAUGGGUGGCUCGGCUCGAGCUGCAUGAUGGCCGCGGGCGAGUGGGUCGAGGAUGGCGAGCGCGAGGCCACGGGCGGGUUCAUGGGGUUGUGUCUUGUUGCUGGGUUGACGACGGGUAGUCUUUUGAGCUUUACGGCUGGUGGUAUCUAA